AUGCAUAGGUCAUUCACCCGUAAGUGGUUGCUGCCUGAGAAUGUCGACCUGGAGGCAAUUCGAACUCAGCUUGAUGACAAGGGUCAUUUAUCCGUGGAAGUGCCGAAGCGUAUAGGGCCAAAGCGUAUCGAAGGUCAAGCGCAGAAAAAGUCUAUCCCUAUAAUGGCCGCCCCUAACAGGUGA